CAAGCUUAAGACUUCGAAAUCAACGAUGCUCUCUCCAACAGCUGGUACUUCAUUUCUUGGUUGUCGUCUCUCCUUGUUCGAUCUUCUUAAAUAUCUGCUUUCCCAUUUGGGUGGAAUGAGGAUUGGCCUCCUUAUUAUAAUCUGUUGGUUUCCUACAACAUCAGCGAAUCGUUGUGACGCAUCUUAUUCCAUACAAGAUCGAGUCCUGAAGAACCACACAAUUGCGAUCAGACCAGCUGAGAGGAUAGAAGAAUGUGCGUUAUUGUGCGUGGAUUAUCCCGACUGCCACAGCAUUAAUUUCUAUCAGAAGCACAAAAUAUGCGAUCUCAAUGACAAGACACAUACUUCCCAUCCGAAGGAUAUGAUUUCAUCUGCACUUUCAAACUACAUGGAGAAUAUCCUCAGACCAUACCUGUGCAACCAAGACUCGGAAUGUGGCUCGGGGUUACAUUGCUCCCCAUUAGAGAAGAAAUGUGUUUGCCAUCGUCGAACAACUUCUGGAAAGUCCUGCGCCAUUCCCUUUCAGUACAAAGGCGUGACGUACAAUUGCUGCAGCAAUGUUAAUCACGGUAGAUUGUGGUGUUCGCUGGAUCCAAUCUAUGCCUCUAGAUGGGAAGACUGCUAG